CGCGCAGUGACGUCGUGACGUCCGACUGCCGUUACGCCGCCAUUUUGUGAAUGGACGCCGUUGCCAUCGACAUCCUGAAAGCAGAGUAAAACAAACGCGAUUCCGAGCCUACUUUAACACGACACACUGCCAGUUAUAUCGCGUGUUAACCUGCGACGUUUUCCUCGGGAAAAACGACAGCAAUAACCCGCGUGUUCACCGAGAACUGAUCAGCGAUGUCGGAGGAGCAGCUCCUGGGCGAAGAGCCGCUGAUGAAGAUGGAGGAGGAGGAGGAUGAAGAGCAGCUCCUGGGGCCCGAUGAAGGAGGCCAGGGACAGGCGGAGGGAUCCAAGAUAGACGCCAGUAAAAACGAGGAAGAUGAGGGGAAAAUGUUCGUUGGAGGCUUGAGUUGGGACACAACAAAGAAAGACCUGAAAGACUACUUCUCUAAGUUUGGAGAGGUGGUGGACUGCACCUUAAAGCUGGAUCCUCUGACGGGACGGUCCAGGGGAUUUGGAUUCGUCCUGUUUAAAGAGGCUGAUAGUGUGGACAAGGUGAUCACACAGAAGGAGCACAAACUGAAUGGAAAAGCCAUCGACCCUAAGAAAGCAAAGGCCAUGAAGUCCAAAGAGCCUGUGAAGAAGGUAUUUGUAGGAGGUCUUUCCCCAGAUACUCCAGAAGAGAAGAUCAGAGAGUACUUUGAUGGCUACGGAGAGGUGGAAUCCAUUGAGCUGCCAAUGGAGAAUAAAACAAAUAAAAGACGAGGUUUUUGUUUUAUAACAUUUAAAGAGGAGGAGCCAGUCAAGAAAAUAAUGGAGAAGAAGUACCACAACAUCGGUUUAAGCAAGUGUGAGGUGAAGGUGGCCAUGUCGAAGGAGCAGUACCAGCAGCAGCAGCAGCCGUGGGGGGGCAGAGGAGGGUACGCCGUCAGGGCCCGGGGCAGAGGAGGUCCCAAUCCAAACUGGAACCAGGGAUACGGAAAUUACUGGAAUCAAGGUUAUGGAAAUUACGGGAACUAUGGCUACAACAAUCAAGGCUAUGGUGGAUACGGCGACUAUGAUUACUCUGGUUACAACAACUACUACGGAUAUGGUGACUACAGCAAUCAGCAGAGCGGCUAUGGAAAAUACCCGAGGCGAGGUGGCCAUCAAAACACUUACAAGCCGUAUUAACCAGAAACAUGCAGCGGGGACUUCCUUGCAGGCCAUGAGCUGACUUCCCGAUUGUCUCAGGGCCGCUCAAUGCGGACAGGGUACGAGAGGCGUACGCUCUCGAAUGCUCCCAUUUGGUAUGGUCUUCCAACAUCCUGUAUACGAAUUGUAAAAUCAAACAACUGCAGCAACAAAAACUUAAAAAGGACACUUCAAGCCUUUAUCUUCUGUUUUUGAUUUGUGUGUAUUUUUAUACUUUGUUUUUUUUUUUGUAUUAAAAGGUUCCUCUUAAAAUGGGAUUGGUCUUAUGUAAUAAUAUAUUAUAAUGUAAUGGCAUUUUUUCCAGGCACCAUCAAGUAAUGGUAAAAUAUGACACGAGAGCCGGAAAUUAAAAUUAACUGUUCACUUUUUGAAGGAUACGGCUUUCUCUGGACUUUCCAGUGUUAAUAUGCACUUCUAAUCUAAUCUUACCUGUAAUGCUUUCUUUAUUUGUAGCUCGUAAUAUCCUGUAGUCCUUGAGCUAAAAGCCGGUUUGUACUCGGAUGCCGCUGCGCUGGAGAAAUACUUUUUUAUAUUUGUAUUGUGUGAUUUUUCUACUGGCAGCGGUGGAAAAAGCUGUGUUAAUUUCAUCUAACAGAUUCUCUUUUUUUAACCUUUUGAAAUCUUGGCAAGGUCUUAUUGUUAUGCUUGUAAUGCUCUUCCUUUUUGUCUUUUAAUUUCCAUCGAUUCACGGUUGCGCAUUUAAAUGUUUUAAUUGAACACUAUUGAUUGUAUUUGCUAUUAUUCGAUUUCAAAGUCAUGUCUCCUUAUUGAAAUUAUUAAACAAUUGGGAUUCCUUGACAUUUUAUGAGUCCGUGUCCUUCUGAAGCGUAAUUGCGGUUUCUUUUUUUGUUUUUCAGAUGGACGAGCGAAUCUCAAGUCGACCCUGAGAAGAGAAAACGAGAGGACCAGAGGUCGCCAUUUCAUUCACCAGUUCAUUUUAAACCUGAAGUUACUUCGAAAGGACACGCACUAAAGAAUAUGUCAAGUGUUAUUUUGAACUAUAACGUCCAGAAUAUUUGUGUUUGUGUUUAAUUUGGUGUAGCUUGUGUAAGUUUAUUAUCAUAUUCCCUGCUGUGGUGUUGAAUACAAUGAACUAUAGAGAGCCUAAACCAUUUAGAAAUGAUUUGUAUACAGGUCUAUUAAUUUAUUGCUUACAAGAGCGUACACAGUGUAGGCCAGCUAAUAUUCAUUUCAUAUUGCAGUAUUUUGCUACAGUCAUGUAAACCAUUGGAAAAUGCAACAAAAUAAAGUGUAUGAACCUUUAGAGAUUAAAGUCAUAGCUCACCCAAAAA